AAUACGGCAGUGUGUGAAAAAACACCGGAAGUGCGGCCAGAGUUGUUGCACGUGUGUUCAACAGCACCGCAAAAUCGCCCUCAAGUUCAUUUCUUCGGUUGUUUUACGUAUUUUUGUGGAACAUGACAAAGGUAAAGAAGGAGAAAAAUGUCGAAGAGGAGACCGGAGGAACGGAGAAAUCAUAUCAAGAAUUAAUAGCUAGUGUAAACCCAAUCGCAAACCCGCUUGCAUCGCGUAAACUAAGCAAAAAACUCUACAAAUGCGUCAAAAAAGCGGCUAAAAUCAAACAAAUCCGGCUAGGAAUAAAACAAGUACAGAAGUUUAUCAACAAAGGAGAGAGGGGUAUUGUGGUGCUUGCUGGAGACACUCUUCCCAUCGACGUCUAUUCCCACUUACCAAUCGUGUGUGAAGAAAGAAACCUGCCCUAUGCUUAUGUGCCAUCUAAAGUUGAUUUGGGCUUAUCAGCUGGAUCGAAGCGUCCCAGCUGUGUUGUUAUGAUCAAACCAAAUGAUGAAUAUAAAGAAUCCUAUGACGAGUGUCUGGAGGAAGUCACAGCUCUGCCCAAACCAAUCUGAGGAAGCUUGAAUGUUUUGGAGUUUAUUUUUUAAAGAAUGAUUGAGUAUAUCAAAUCAAAUUAGAGUGGCUGAGUGACUUUGCGUGGUGUUCAUGUUCACCGGUGCAUCUGUCAUGUCGUUUAGAGACUGAACCCAGUUAUUGUUUUCUUUGUGGACUUCUUUAUUUGCUGAAAGAGGCACAAAUGUAUGAUAGGAGUUAAUGUGAUGUUUUAUAAAGGAAGCUAAGUUUGUCACCGGACAGUGGAUGGAGCUGUAAUGUUUGACACUCUUGAUCUCUGUAGUGCUUUGUGUAUUGGUUUACUUUGCUUUAAUAACUGCUUUGUGGCAGUGGAUCCCGGAGCGCUCAAAGAAAAUAAACCUUUCCAUUUUUUUGUACUGUUUCA